AUGGCACGAUACGUAGCCCUCGGCCUACUCGCAGCGCAGAUACUCCCACUGGUGUCUUCACAGAACGCGACAUAUUCGAACUCAACCUCGUAUCCCUGGGGCAGCACCGCCGGGAAAUCAAAAGAUGAGUUCCUGGAUGGUAUCCUCGACCAGAUGACCGUGGAGGAGCUGGCCCAGCAUCUGCAUCUGUUCAAGUUCACCGAGAUAUCGGAUGGCGAGGGGCGAUUGGCGAAGUUUAAUUCUGUGGUGGGGGUGAGAGGGAUUGGAGAGAUAAACUUUUGGGGUGCUAAAAACGCCACUACGUACAAUGAUCUCCAGCGCAAAGUUAUCGAAACAUCACGCUUCCCUCUUCCAAUUCUCCAAGGCGGUGAAUGUCUCCGCGCAGUCCUCACCCCAGGCACUACCAUCUUCCCCGCCUCUAUCAACAUGGCCGCCACAUGGUCUCCUGCCCUCGUCAAGAACACCAGCCAAGCAAUUGCUCUCGAAGCUCGGGCAAUUGGCCAAGGAUCUUGUUACUGCCCUGUUCUCGACCUUGCAAAGGAGCCCAGAUGGGGGAGGAUUGGUGAGAACUUUGGGGAGGAUAAAUUUCUCACGGCGCAGCUGGGAUGGAACUAUGUCAAAGGCUUGCAGAAUGAUGGGGAACUGAGUGAUAGAAAAGGUGCAAUUGCAUCAGUGAAACAUUUCUUGGCGCAUGGGAGCCCGGAGGGUGGAAGGAAUGCGGGACCGGUUCACGUUGGAAAGAGACAACUAUGGAACGAAUUUGCACUGCCCUUUAGAGAUGCCAUUCAGCGGGGUGGAGCGCUGGGUAUUAUGUUUGCAUAUAACACCAUCGAUGGGUCGCCGGCAGCGUUUGACCCGGAUCUUCAUGCGGCAUUGAACGAGUGGGGGUUUGACGGACGAAUUAUCUCGGAUGAUCACAUGAUUCAAAGAUCUAUGGCCUGGCACCAAGUUGCUGAAAAUUCUCAAGACGCUAUUACUCAGUAUCUCAAUGCUGGUGGAAUGGGCAACUACGCCGACUGGGGUAUCCAAGAAUGGACUCGUGGUAUCGUCGCCGCCAUAAAUGGUAGCACCCUCACUGUAGACACCCUUAAGUCCCGUGUCAAAGGCUUGUUGAAAAUCAAGUACGAUCUCGGCCUCUUUGACAGUCCAUACCUUCCCGAUGACUUUACGGAAGGCAAGAUCGAUACUGAUGAGGCUGCAGCAAUUGCCUCCGAGGUUGCCGAGAAGUCUAUUGUUCUGGUCAAGAAUACCGGAAUACUUCCUCUCAAGCCGAAAAGCGGGAAGAAGGUUGCAUUGAUCGGGCCGUUUGUAGAUACGGUAAACUUGGGCGGUUAUAUCCGUAUGGGAGUGCAUGAGCGGAUGAUUACACCUCGUCAGGCUAUUGUGGAUACAUAUGUUGACGAGAAGGACCUUGAGACUCAUUGGGGCGCGCCGACAUUUCUUUAUUAUGACCUUAAUAAUAAGGCCUGGGGAGUAGUCGAAGGUCCAAUGCUCGAAUACGAACAUUAUCCACCGUCAGGACCUGAUGGUAAACAACUCCCAAGUAACGCCUUCUCUGUUCGUUGGGAGGGAUAUCUCCACUCCCCAGUCGACGCAAAAGCUGUCCUCGGCGCCAUGACACGCAGUGGAAACGUUACUGUAUAUGUCAACGAUGUUCUGCAUUCAAAGGCUGCCAGCGGAAGUGUCAAGAAUACCUACAGCGAUACCCCUGACCAGUUCUGGCAGGUUUACGAGCAAAACUCCACCAUGGUUCCUACUGGCUCUGCCGAAUUCACAUUCAAGAAGGGAGCCUCCAUCAAAAUCCGCAUCGAGUAUCAAGGCUCAAACGCUGCAUCUGGUCAACGAUUGGUAGCACCAGCCUGGAAUCUCGUUGACCGAAAGGACGAGCUCGAGAAAGCAACACGAGCAGCAAGGGAAGCUGACUAUGUUAUCUUCAUUGCCGGCGGUUCUGCUGUUGUUGAUCAGGAAACAAACGACAUGUCCACACUUGCCCUCUCCCCGAACCAGACCGCCCUAGCGGACGCCGUAUUUGCUGCUGGGAAGCCUGUGAUUUUCGUCACGACAGGUGCUAGACCACUGGCACUCCCAGAAUACUACCGUCAAGCAGCAGCAGUGCUAUACACUGGCUACAACGGGCAAGCAGGUGGCCAGGCAAUCGCUGACAUUCUCUAUGGAAAAGUCAACCCGUCUGGUCGCUUGCCUAUCGCAGUUCCGUAUUCUGUUGGCACCAGUCCGGCGUACUAUAACCACGAUAAUGCCGCGUACAGAUACAAGUAUGUGGAUAUCCCCAAUCGCGAUGUUGAUGGGAACCAGAUCCCCAACGUGGCAUAUGGAGGAGGAAUCACAUACAAUCCAUUAUACCACUUUGGGCAUGGAUUGAGUUAUACCUCGUUCAAUUACUCGCAGAUCACGGCCGAUAAGUCGAGUUUUACGGCGGAGGACACAAUCACGUUUGAGUUUUCUGUAACCAAUACUGGUGCUGUUGCGGGAAGGGAGGUUCCUCAGAUAUAUCUGCUACAACGUGUAGCCUCAAUUUCUCAGCCUGUAAAACAGCUCGUGGGGUUCACGGAGGUCGAUUUGCAACCCGGCGAGACUCAAAAAGUUUCGAUUCAGCUCGAUGUGAACCGCUACCUCAGUGGAUACGACAGGUGGAUGAAGUGGAGAGUUGAACCUGGAACGUUCGUAUUUACACUGCAGCCAUCAUCGAAGGGUGACAGUACGAACAAAGUCACAUUGACGCUACCAUCGAGCUAG